AUGUUGUUUCUUCCUAAUUCUCGUGGUUUUAACUGGAAGUUUUGCCGACCGGCCAACGCCUCGAAUCAUGAGGUUCAAAACAACUACUACGGUUGCUCGAGAAACAACAACUACUACAGGUUUGAUGAGAAAAUAAAAUUGAAAGAAGAGUUCAUUUUUAUUUCAGCUCCUUCCACCAUCCAAUCUACAAAUGUACCUUGGGAGUGUGGAACCGAUGAAUUCACGAAAGCCAUCAGUGAGGGCGAAAUACUCGCCAAAUGUCCUGCUUUUGAGAGGUUGUUUUUUUCUUGAAAACUUUAUAAACAUAUUAUUUUUUUAAUUUUUUUCAGACGUUGUAAACGGAUGUUGUUACGUGCACGACGCUUGUUAUGACGCGCAAAAUGGUCAAAAACUGUGUGAUGAUAAUUUUUGCAACUGUUUAGAGGUUUUCAAUAUUUUUAUUUCGGAAAAAAAUUCAAUCACUUAAACUUGAUACCACUCUCAAAAAAAGCAAAUGAUCAGUAUUUUUCAUUAAAAAUUUUUAUUUUUGUAUAGUGUAGAACGGUUUAUCUGUCAACUUUCAAAAGAGGCGUUUCUCACAAUGUUUUAUUAUUGAACGUCCGUUUUCUGUUCAUUUUUUUUUGUUUCCAGCUGGCUACCAGACCCUCGACGGCUUGUCACAACGAGUCGAGUCCAGUAUUUUGCGAUCUGGUGCGGACGUUUGGCGAUGACGCCUAUUUAAACUCUGGUCCUAACGCUACUAUCAUUGUCGACGAGGUCAUAAUGAUUGUCGCUGAUAUAAUGAAUUUAAUCAUUUCAGGAGAAAAACGAUGCAGAGAAGGAUUACGACUACGAAACGGCCGUGAAGAAAAACUUGACUCUAUUUUAA